ACUGAGCAGCCUAAAGGCGAAACAAUCAACUUCACGUUUUCUUACAUUUACUAAGACUUACAUGGUGCAUACUUGUUAAUUUUUAAUACAUGUCUUCCAACAACUGCUCAAUCUUGGAACAAUAGGCCUGAUACAUGCAACGAGCUUCCCAACUGCUCAGUCAGCAUACCACCUGUCCACUAAUUUCAUUUGUGAAGACCUCCCAAAUAUCAAAUCUCAACAUUGAUUGAAAUUCACGAUGUUUUACGAGGGUGAUCUGAGGAGCGGUAUCAAUACUGCUAUUGAGCAAUCUAAGCUUGUAGCUUGCUAUGUGCGAAGCCAAGAUGACGAGGAAGAGACCACAACUUGGGAGAACGAUUUCUUGAAGGACCCAGAAAUAGCGGACCUCAUCUCAUCAAAGGCGAUCCUCCUCCGCCUGUUGUCUCCCUCAGAAGAGGCGUCCUUUCUCGAACAAAUAUGCCCUAUCGUGAAGCUUCCAACUUUAGUAGUCAUUCAUAAUGGGGCCAUGAAGGAAUAUCUCACGUCUGGAAUAUCAAAAGAAGACUUUAUUAACCGGCUAACUCCUGUCCUAAAGGGAGAGGAGAGCUCCUUUUCGCCACUUUCCGGCAUCCCGGCCACUGGUGCAAAUAUGGGGGAGGCAUCUGAUAACAACCAAAACCAGGCAGCCAGCGUGGCUGCCCUCCUACAAGAGCGAAAGGUUCGCAUGGAGGCCGAUAAGAAGAAGAAAGACGCGCAAGAGAAGGCUGAACGUACCCGGAAGGCGGCCGAAAGAAAGGCUGCGGUAGAAUCUGGCAAGCCGGAAGAUCCGAAGAGAGCCGCCGAUUUGAAGUACGCAGCGCAGCAGAAAAAGCGUCAGCAGGAAGCCCGAGAGGAGCGAGAGAGGGUCUUGAAGCAAAUCGAAGAUGAUAAGGCAGAGCGAAAGGCGAGAGACGCUACACGGAAAGAACAGGCAAAGAUCGCGGCUGGCACCGAGAAUCCCAACCCCUUUACUGCACCGAGUUCAGAAAUGGGGUCAAUGAAGAGGGGUGAUCAUUGUGCGUUGAAAGUACGCCUAUUUGACGGAUCAGCAAUAAGCUCCCGAUUCCCGUCCGGGGCCACAUUGGAGGGAGAGGUUCGCGAAUGGGUUGAUCAAGAGCAGCAAGUUGCCGAAUCGCCAUACAUAUUCAAGCAUAUAUUGACGCCAUUCCCCAACAAAGAAAUAUCUAUUUCAGAGGAGGGGAACUCGUUGCAGGAUCUUGGUCUUGUCCCUAAUGCAACAUUGAUACUGGUCCCGAUCAAGGAUUUCACACCAGCCUAUGCGCAAGGGCCUGGGGUAACGGGCCUUCUUUCGAGUGGCGUCUCUGCGGGCUACGGUUUAGUCAGUUCUGGGCUCAGUUCUGGAUUCGGAUUUGCGUCUCGAGUAUUAGGAAGUGUGUUGGGAGACUCUGCCCAAGGACAGCCUCCUGCAACAGCAGCGCCUCCCGGGCAAGAACCAAGGCAAAGUGAACGACAUGAGCUGUACAACGGCGGUGGCCUCAAUUUCGAACCCAGGCGGGAUAACCAGGACAAGGAAGAUUAGAUAGUUGCAACAGGUUAUCAUUGAUAGAGUGGAGUUCCAGGAGUUGGAAUCAAGACUCCCAUCCGGAAUAUUACCGUUCAUGGCCUAUAGCGGGUAUGUCUUGAUAGCACGCAUUAUAUACAGAAAAACAAUCUACUUCAUUGGCAGGCCUUCUAUAAUAACAAGACAUAUUAGCAUCUCUUCUACUCAUUGUAAAGCAAGGGAAUGGGGGGAAACGUACCAGCUGCUCCAAGUACCACGAGCAAGUUUGCAUGUUGCCCUGGUUCUCAUCCAAG